AUGGCAUCUCUGAUACCCUUUGACGUACAGUAUUUUGUGGAAAAGAGUAGAAAUAAUAAGUACGAAUGGUUGGUAUUUUUAAUUACGAUAAUUUUGCUCAUACUUCAUGGAAUACUUUUCCACUGGAUACCUAUUUAUCUUCGUUCCAAGAGAACCGAAAAUUCUUUGAACAAUCCGGGGUACUUUAAGUUCCUAAAGACUUGGGAUAUCUGGACUAGCUGUAUUAAAUUAGAAAUUCCAGGUACAAAGAAGUCAAUUUAUUUCCAGCCUAGUGUGGUGCUUCUUGGUGCUUUAUUUCUAGUGAUUAAUGCCGUCUUCUGUUUUGUGGAAACUGUAGACUUAGACUAUUUACCAAGAUACUAUGUUGUUUCCAAGAGAAUUCUGAAGGUAGCAGUCGGAAGCUUGCCAACUAUAAUGCUUGCUAUUAUGAAGAACGAUUUGUUAACGUCCAUAAGCGGUUUGCAGCAUGAUAGGAUAACGUUUCUUCAUCUAUGGUUAGGCAGAAUAAUGUGGACUAUGAUUACAAUUCAUUUUAUUAUGGCUUGCAAAUAUUGGCUAGGGUUAGACUUUGUCAUAAUGAUUCUAAUUCCACCUCAAAUUUUUGGAAUGAUGGCGUACUGUAGUUUCUUCCUUUUGACUUGGGCAAGUUUGAAGUUCAUAAGAAAUUUGUCCUUCGAUGUUUUUCUUUUGCAACAUAGAGUACUUUCCUUCAUUAUGUUGUUAAUGACAUUUUUCCAUAAUCUGGGAAAUAGAGCAGCAGUCCUUAUUGCAGUUCAUUCCGUUGUAUUGGAUAGAGUUACUUCCAACAUUAUUAGUUUCGUUCACAAAAGAAAAUCACCAACCAAGGGGAUGUGUUCAUUUGAAGUUUUGGAUGAGGAUACGAUGUCAAUAGAUAUUCCUAUUCAUGAAGCGGGAUACACCACUUCCGCUUGGUAUACAAUUUUCUUGCCCAGAGUGAGCUGCUGGAAGCCAGGACAACAUAUUUAUCUUUGUGUUCCCAAGGUCAAUAGGUUUCAGUUCCAUCCUUUCACUAUCGCAAGUUUGGAAGAAUCUGGGAAUAUGAAGUUGCUUGUUAGAAAACAAAAGGGAUUCACCAAGCGUUUGAUGACAAAAUUGAAGAAGAUGGAAGAAGUGGAAAUGUCAAAUUUUGAAGACAACGAUGGCGAAGUAGAAAAUAGAGAAAUGGGAAUUCACAAGCUCAAAGUGACUUUCACUGGACCUUAUGGUGCCAACCAUCAAAAUUUCUUGAGAUUUGAUUCUGUCCUAUUUCUUGCUGCUGGAUCUGGUGGGGCAUUUGUGUUUCCAGUUGCUUUGGCUUUGUUAAAGGAGAUAGACCUUAGGAAUUCUAAGAGCGACUUUUUGCACAGACCAAUGAAUCCCAAGAUCAAAUUGAUUUGGUCCAUUCAGAAAAAAGAAAAUAUUAGAUGGUUUGUGGAUCAAUUGCAACAGAUACUACAGUUGUCAAAUUCAAUAAAUCUUUCCGUGACCAUUUACAUUACCCAGGAAGUGGAAGAAGAGGUCGACGAUGAAAAGUUGAUGGAUAUUUUGUAUCACAGUUCUUCUAGUCAUAACCGUACACAUCUGGACGUCUCAAUAGAAUUUGUUUUCAAGAGAGCUGACGUUGCUACUCUUAUCCAGAAACAGAGCAUGAAGUUAAAUCAAUCACAAGCAUUGGCUGUUUGUUCUUGUGGAAGUCCAUCUUUCACUAAUUCUAUAAAGAUUCACUGCAAUAGUGCAAGAAAAGCAAAUGAUUCUCCAGAUAUAUAUUGUUAUACCGAGUCUUUUUAA